AUGGCCGUGUUGAGCAGCCCUCUCCACUUCAUUGCUCAAAUACCACCAGUGACGCGUGCUUUUACGGCGGGGACUGUCUUCUUCUCUCUCUUGUAUGCAUACUUGAGCUGGACGGGGUCUCUAUACGCACCAUAUUUGGUUCUUGUUCCGGGAUCCAGUCUCUUUUAUCCAUGGACAUUCGUGACGUCUGCGUUAGUGGAGACAAGCAUAUUUGAGCUAGUGUUGUCAUUAGCCACAAUGCCUCUAUCGCUCAGAUACCUCGAACGACUGUGGGGAUCAGUGGAAAUUCUAAAAUUCAUUGUCGUCUCAGUGGGGUUCUCGAAUAUCAUCGCAUUCGGUUUCAACUGGAUAGAAUUCGUGGUCCUCAGGGAUGCAGAGCUUUUCCUCUAUGGAAUGAGAUAUCACGGCCAAAUGUCUCUUCAGAUUGCCGUCCUCGUCGCAUUCACUCAGCUUAUUCCUGAGCACCAAGUUCAAGUUCUUGGUGUUUUGAAAGCGCGAGUCAAAAGUUUACCGAUGGCAUAUUUGACUCUGUCCACUGUCCUGUGCAUAUUCGGCUUCCAGUGCCCGUGGAUUAUCAUUCAAUUUGGGUGGUUUGUCGGCUGGAUAUACCUUCGCUUCUACAAGAAAAAUACGGCAGAUACUGUCGGUGGCGUCGAAACUUACGGUGACCGAAGUGAGACGUUCAGUUUGAUCUCCUGGUUCCCUCCCCCAUUGCACUAUCCGCUGGGUGUCCUUGGGAAUACAACGCAUUCACUUGCCACGCGCUUCCACCUCAUUCCAUCCGCUGGCAAUGACAUCGAGACUGGACUAUAUAACCAGUCUCCUGCAAGUGCUCGUGCAGAGGCUGAGCGAAGACGAGCAAUGGCUCUGAAAGCGCUUGACCAACGAAUCGCCAAUACUUCUGCACCCUCUACGGCCAGCAGCUCUUCACCCCCUCAAGCGCCACGUGCCCCACCUCCAGCCGCUGCCCCGCGCUCAGAUGAUCCAGCAAUGCCAUCGGCACCACCUGCCCCACGCUCAACUGAACGAACUAAAAGUGUUGGAGAAGUCGAUGUCGGAGAGUCCGCAAGAUCAGAAAGUCGGUAG